UGGUAGCGAGAUUGAUAAUCUGAUCUGCAUCGACAAAUCAAUCCCGACAAGGUCGAACAAGCUCUCUCAGACCUCGGCACGCUCACCGCGAGCGCGAGUGCCUGCAGUUCGGGGGGUCUCGGUUUUACCUCAAUCCAGCCAUGGCAGCGGCAAUUCAACCACCGCCAGCAGCACCCACACCACUGGCUGUGCCGGCGCAAGACUUGAUCGUCCCCUGCCAGAAACUCUGGGGCGGGCAAGGCCGGCCUUCCCACCACGACUCCUCAUACUGCCACCCGGUCUUCUUCACAGACAAGCUCCGCCGGCCGUCGUUCUCCAUCCCACCAGGCCCGCAGUCUAGCCCGGUCGCGCACGGCUAUGUCUACCAGGAUGCGCCGCGCGGCAGUGACAAGCCGGCUGGCCCGCGGUUGUGAGGGGACUGGCAGGCUUGGUGCGGUGUGUUUGAGUCUUGUUAUAUGGAGGAAUCAAAGGAGCGUUUGUCAGCUGGCAGGUCGACGGUUGUAUAGUACAUGACGUAGUUAACCAACCGGAGGAUACCAACUUCAUAUAUAGGGUCAGCAGUUUGUUGUUGUAAUAGGUUUUGAAGCCACGAAAUAGUUUAGAUUAGUUAUAUAGGCAGGCUAAGCAAGGCGCAAAUGUAGGCAUGUAGGCAUGU